CAACACUCACCAUACAUGUCUUCUCUGGGCAACCUUGGAAAUAUGAUGAGAAGGAAUAAUCUGGAGGAGACAUUCCAUCGGCGCUUACCAGUGGACCAGAGCCAACCCACACAGGUCGACCAGACUCAUAAGUUUUAUGGACACAUGCACCGGGAGAGAGAAUAAUAAUAAGAGCAAUAUAUCAAAGGAGGUAGAUCUCCGGCCGGGAGAAUAUUCAGAGACAAACUAACUGAUCAGUUCUCACCGUCAGUUGUGCUAGCUCACCUCCCAUGGAUGGAGAUCGAGGUGCUUCGCGCAGUUGCUACGAGCUAGAGGCGCCCUUCUCAAGUGCACAACCAGUCCACGAGAUGGGUUUUGUGCAGUUCGAAGAAAGCCAAGGACUGAGCUUCUUGCUCCCUUGUCAGCCUUCUCAUCAUCAUCAUCAUCACCAGUUAUCUCUGCCCAUCAACAACAGUAGCAGCAGCAACAGCAAAACUACUGUUGGGCUUAGUGGCGACGAUGUUGCUACAAGGCCAACUCCUUGGAACAACGACCAGGUGGGGAGGCUGGAACCCAAGACUACUGUUAAUGAUGAGAACUCUAGUGGUAUCGCUAACGAUGACAACAGUUCAUGGUGGAGGAACUCAUCCUCAGACAAGAGCAAGGUAAAGGUGAGGAGGAAGCUCAGAGAGCCGAGAUUUUGUUUCCAGACAAGGAGUGAUGUGGAUGUGCUAGAUGAUGGCUACAAAUGGAGGAAGUACGGACAGAAAGUUGUCAAGAACAGCCUCCAUCCAAGAAGUUAUUAUCGUUGCACACAUAAUAACUGCCGAGUAAAGAAGAGGGUUGAGCGAUUAUCAGAGGACUGUCGAAUGGUUAUAACAACUUAUGAAGGUAGACACACUCAUUCUCCAUGUGAUGAUUCAAAUUCAUCUGAGCAUGAAUGUUUCAGCUCAUUUUGACAACUUGAUAACGGAACAAAAUAUUUAUCAUUUGUUUAUAAUGUGUGCAUUAGUUGAAAAUCUGUGAGGAUUUCCAUUUAUUGUUUAAUUUGUGAAAUUGACUACUGCACCAACAGAACAAUAUUAAUCCAAACCCAAAAACUAUGCUUUCCUGUAUCCAUAUAUUGAGUUAUCAUGAACCAGUAAUAGACAUGUUGGAUGUGUAAACAAUUACUUUCUAGACUUUGUUUAUAUAUAGCUUAAAUUAUAGGUCA